AUGUGUGUGCCUCAAACGAGCUUCAUAGGAGAAGCUUGGUGUAGUGCAAGGUGUGGGAAGAGUGUUCGGAAGCAAUGUGCAAGUGAGAGCGAAGUGCUGUUGUCAUACAGAGCAUCCUUCGCAGUAAUUGCGAUACUUUUUCCUCAGGAUUCAAUGAAAAGUUUAAUGCAAGUCGCUGCUGCCUUUGACGCAGCGGUUGCUACCAGGAAGCCAUCGCCACCGGUAUUCGCAGAGGCCUCUGCGGUUGCUCCUAUCCCGAAAGCACAACCUAAGGCAGCUUCAGCAUCAUCAAAUGGCCGAGUCGUGGCUACCUCUGGAGAUGCUGCAUCAGGAGCAUCCCCUUCUCCCUCAGGGGCCGUGGGAACGACCUCGAAAGCAACACAUGCAGUGGCAAGUGCAGUGUUAGAUAGACUCCUGCAAGGCAAGCAGCCGCUACCCCUGACAUACGGAGCAAUUCGCUCAUUGCUUCCCAUGCUGCAGCAGCGGUACCCCCACCUUGUGCGAGUCAGAGAUGCAGUGGAGGCCUUUGGCCUCGAGGACGAAGUCACAGGGCUGAUGUGUGGACGAGCCACCUGCCAAGUGCCUUUUAUCGAGCUGGGCCUCCGCAGCGCCGUAAAUCGAAGCACGCCGACCCUCUUUUACAGUGGGUUGGUGCAUGGAGACGAAGUUGUCGGACCGACGGUUUCGGUGUACUUGGCUGCGCUUCUUGCCUCUCAGUUCGAUGUGCAUGCAGAAGUGUUCUAUCUGCUGACUAACCGCCUGUUGGUUGGGGGGGCUUUUGAGCGCUACCUCUUCGUUGGAGGAAUCACCUGGCAUGGGGGGAUGCGGGCGAUUGCCAGGCCUUGGGGUUCUUACGACCAUGCAGAUCCGAUUGGACGGGGCGCGUUCCAGAGCAGGCGAGCGCCAGACGAUGUAGCUUUUGCAGCGCUUGGCAAGUGGUUGCAGGAGGCGGGAGGCCCCAGUGCAACUGAAUACAUGUCACCCUACCUCUCCGAGCACUUCGUAGCCUUGCAGCGCAAGCAGAGGGAGGAGCUGCUGCAGCGGCUGAAGCGAGAACACAGCGGCAGCUUGCUGAACGUGCUUUUGAACGACGAUAGCGCAGAAAAGACGUUCAAGCCUCCCCCACAUCCUUAUUACCCGGAGGGUCCAAUCGCCGAUCUCGUCUACCCUGUGAACGGGGGGCUCGAGGAUUGGGCAUAUUCCGCCGCCUUUCAGUCGUAUCCGAAUCCGAUAAGUGCGUGCCUGAUCCGUAAGAGGGGUUCCCAGACACGCCAUCCACGGGAUGCGCACUCCACGGAUGCUUACGACUUCGAAAGUGAACCGUUCCAGGAUUUUAAUCAGCUCACAGCAAGCGCAUCCUGGUGGCCUUCGUUGCGGGGUUGGGGCACCCCGCAGGGAGCUCCAGAGCGUUCUAGGAAUCAGGUGAUACCUCAUGAGAGGGAAGGCGUUCGAUGCGCGAUGUAUCUCGUGGAAACACACGAUGACAAGAACCCGAAGCCGACCGAAUACGGCAAAUUCCCGCUAUCUCUCGCCAGGCGCCCCACAUUGACCGACGGCCUUGUCGCGCGGAACGUUCGCAUCGCAUUCAAACUUGCAGAAAAAGUGCAGCCGGAUAUUUUGCUGCUCGCUGCUCCAGCGGGAUACCAGGCUCCGGGAUGCAUCGCAAACUUUGCGAUUUGGCCUGUGGGAUGUCAGACCUUGGAUUCUUUGCGCAUUGUGGCAAAAAGAGGGAGGUGCAGCGACUUCGUGCGAAAAGAAGAGCGUCCCCUGCCCGCUGGCAUCUCUUCGGAGUUCGGCGAGGAUGAUCACGAGGUGUAUGAGCUGACGAGUGCAUGGCACUCAGCAGAUGUCUUGAACGAUGAACUCAUUUUGCAGCGCAGUUGCCGCUCUGCUGCCCCUUGGCAGCGGAGUACUGGUCAGAAGGUCGAGCCGCUUUAUCAGGCAUGGAAGAAGGAUCAAAAUGAGAUCUACAACGACUUCAGUGCUGCGGAAAGGGAUGGCCUCGAAUUUCUGCGAUUCAAAGUGCCGCCAGAGACGCCGUCCGGGGAAAUCUGCAUGCUUCUGCUGGGAGAGUUCGACAAGGAGUGGACGGAGACACUGAAAACGGCAGAUCCCAGCAUAGAGCCUCAAUCUUGGCUUGUGACUUCUAGAGCCAAGAACACGAGAGCAAAUGCUCCGAAGGGAGCUGGCAUCUUAAAGAGUGGCAGAGAGUGGAUCUUCCCCGCGCGUUCCCCGAGCUUUCCCGGCAACCCUACUCCCGUGGGGAUCCCCAUUCAAAUUCGAGAGGAUUCGAUCGAGGCGUUUGCUACUGUCUCUCUGUCUCUUCCUGCGAGGGAAGCGACAGCUUCCCCACGUGGCGGCGUGGCCAAGAAGGUUAUUUUGCCUGUGACAGAGCCAUGCACAGUGUCUCUGACCUUUUCGGGAUUUCUGAAUGACGAUCCUGUCUUUUUGAACCCGUACACGCGUCUGCUGAUGCCCGUUAUGCAGCUGCGGCACAUGCGGCUGCAGCAGCAACAGCCGGAUCGGCUGCCUCUUCCAGGAGCCACGAAGGGCGCAGGAGACGUGCUGCUGCGCAUUAAGCCCAAGCGUUCGCGUCUUCCUGACGGCCUGCUGCUCGUUCAAGUUCGAAGACAUGAUCCCCACUACAGCAGCAGCAACGACACCAGCGGAUUGGUGCAUGUGGCGCUGGUUUCGACGGGCUCAAGCAGCGCCAAGAAGCAGCAGCAGCAGCGACGGCAGCUGAACCGGGUGCUGUUGCAGACCGACGGGGAAGUGCGCUUCGCGGAGGGAUGCUGCCCCGACUUGUUGUUGCGGCGGCAAAGUGACGGCUGGUCGUUUCGUGCGGUGCUUUCCACCAAAACUUGUGGAUGCGGCCCUGGUACUGCUGCUGUUGGUGUUUCUGUUGGCAUUGCGAACAGUAGCAGCAAAAGCAGCAACAGCAGCUUCAGCAUUGGUGCUGAUGAGGAGCUGUUGGGGGCUACUAUUUACCGAGGUUCACCAGGUGCACCGCGAGCAAGCGCGUCUCGCCUUUCCUACGGGGUGUAUUCGGAGUCUCCGGAACAGCGAUCCCGUGUGCUGCAUCAGCUGAGAGAGCAGCAG